AGAACAAAGAAAAUGUCUUGGAUGAUAAAUUUAAAAGAUUUGGAGUAAAAGAAGGAAAAGCUUGAGGAAAGAAUUUCUUUAAAAUUUUACCAGAUUUCCCCACUCUGAUAUAAAGGGGUCAAAUAAGACCUUAGCCUGCAGUUUCAUGGAGCCAUUUUUGAAAGAAAAAUUUAAAACUUGAAAUAUUGGUUAUUUGCCAAGGUACACACUGAAAGCAAGCCCCUGGCUACCAGCAGAACGGAGUACUGGGAUCCCAGGAUGUUAGUUUUAGGCUUGCUCCGCAGAAGAGAACCGCACUUGCCAUCCCCCUCCCUUUGCCCCAGGAGUUGAACACUUUCUGCACUAUUUAGGAGCAUCGUAGGGAAAAGGUUGGGGUCAGGUGAACAAUUCCCGUCAUCAGCAACCCCAGAGCGCCUUCCUUGCGUUUGUUUCUUUUGAAUGUGUAGCCGCCGCCCAGGUGCCCAUACUUAGCUAAGGCCCCCAGUUUAUUUUCCUGAAUCGCGCUCGGAAAUCUUUUCCUGGGAAGGUGAUAGCCCAAGUCCUAGAGACAUAACUGCUUGUCCUAGAAUAAUCUCCUUACGAAACCCGUUCAACGGCCGAGGGACGGUGGAGACUGGCUGAACAGGGAGAUGGGGGCAGGGAGAAAGGGAGUGGCCGCGUUCCCGCGGUCCGCCGGGAUCCCGCGGGUCCAGGGCGAAGGAGCCGGAGCUGGAGUGGCUGGAGCGACCGAUCACUCCGGGUCGCCGUCUGCCACCUCGGUGCGGAACCGGAGCCGGACUUGCUGAGCACUCCUCCCCCUCCCCUUCUGCUUCCUUUUCCCUCCCCCUGGAGCGGCGGCGGCGGCGACGGGCAGGCAGCGGGGCCAGGCGGAGCGACUGUGCGGCGAGCGGAGGAGCUGGGAUAUGGGGAGUCGGCGGGGGCGGCGGGGCCAGGAGCCCUCCGGGGGGCCGACGAGCGGAGCGGCCCCCGGCGUUUGCUAGCGCGUGAGCCGUGGGGGAGCGGGCGCGCGGUGGCACUAGCGGAGGCGGAGGCGGGGCCCGGGCGUGGAGCACGGCUGGGAAAACUGCUGCCUCCGGCCCUGCCCGGCUCCUGCCUCCGCCGCGGCCGGUGGCUAUGGAGCUGGCGGGCCCCAGACCUGGGGCGACAGAGCAUCCGCGACUCCGGCCGCCCAUGUCCUGGCUGCUGCCGCCGCUGCCCCUCCUGCUGCUGCUGCUGGGCCCAGCGGCCUCCCAGCUGCGAUACUCGGUGCCGGAGGAGCAGGCACCCGGCGCGCCUGUGGGCAACGUGGCUAGCGCGCUGGGGCUGGAGCUGCGGCGCCUGGGGCCCGGCUGCCUGCGCAUCAACCAUCUGGGUGCGCCCAGUCCGCGCUACCUGGAGCUGGACCUGACGAGCGGCGCGCUCUUCGUCAACGAGCGCAUUGACCGGGAGGCGCUGUGCGAGCAGCGGCCUCGCUGCCUGCUCAGCUUGGAAGUGCUGGCGCACAGCCCCGUGGCGGUGAGCGCCGUGGAGGUGGAGGUCCUGGACAUCAACGACAACUCGCCGCGCUUCCCGCGGCCCGACUACCAGCUGCAGGUAAGCGAAUCGGUGGCCCCUGGAGCGCGCUUUCACAUAGAGAGCGCGCAGGACCCCGACGUGGGCGCCAACUCGGUGCAGACCUACGAGCUCAGCCCCAGCGAGCACUUCGAGCUGGACCUUAAACCCCUGCAGGAGAACAGUAAGGUGCUGGAGCUGGUGCUGCGGAAGGGCCUAGACCGCGAGCAGGCAGCGCUGCACCACCUGGUUCUCACAGCUGUGGACGGGGGCAGUCCAGCCCGCUCGGGCACGGCACAGAUCUCUGUGCGCGUCCUGGACACUAACGACAAUUCUCCCACCUUCGACCAGUCCACUUACCGCGUCCAGCUCCGGGAGGACGCCCCCCCAGGCACGCUGGUGGUGAAGCUGAAUGCCUCGGACCCGGAUGAGGGCUCCAACGGCGAGCUCAGGUACUCCCUGAGCAGCUACACGUCGGACCGGGAGAGGCAGCUCUUCAGCAUCGAUGCCAGCACUGGCGAAGUGCGGGUAAGUGGAGCACUGGAUUACGAGGAGGCCUCUUCCUACCAGAUCUAUGUGCAGGCGACCGACCAGGGGCCCGUGCCCAUGGUGGGUCACUGCAAGGUGUUGGUGGACAUCGUGGAUGUGAAUGAUAAUGCACCAGAGGUGGUGCUCACGGACCUGUACAGCCCAGUGCCUGAGGACGCUGCCUCCAACACCGUUGUGGCCCUCCUCAGUGUCAACGACCAGGACUCGGGCCUCAACAGGAAGGUGAGCCUGGGCCUGCAGGCCUCACUGCCCUUCCGACUGAAUGGCUUUGGAAGCUCCUACACGCUGGUGGUGAGCGGUCCUCUGGACCGGGAGCGGGUGGCUGCCUACAACAUCACGGUGACAGCCGCGGAUGGGGGAGUACCACAGCUCACAUCCCAGCGGACGCUGCAGGUUGAGAUCUCUGACAUCAAUGACAACCCACCCAGCUUCCAACAGGACUCCUACUCCAUCUACAUCGAGGAGAACAAUUUGCCAGGGGUGUUGCUCUGCACUGUGCAAGCCACAGACCCGGAUGAAAAGGAGAAUGCGGAGGUGACCUACUCCCUCCUGGAGAGGGAGGUUCAAGGGCUCCCGGUCACCGCCUACGUCUCCGUUAACAGUGCCAGUGGCAGCCUUUAUGCUGUCAACUCCUUUGACUAUGAGAAGUUUCGGGAGUUCUUUGUGACUGUGGAGGCCCAGGACAAGGGGAGUCCACCACUGAGCAGCACUGUGACCGCCAACGUGUACGUGGUGGACACGAAUGACCAUGCCCCUCACAUCCUGUACCCUACCUCAACUAAUGCGUCAGCAGCCAUGGAGAUGGUGCCUCGAACUGCCCCUGCUGGUUAUCUGGUCACCAAAGUCAUAGCCAUGGACUCAGACUCUGGCCAGAAUGCUUGGCUCUUUUACCAUCUGGCCCAGACGUCUGAGCUGGACCUCUUUAAAGUAGAGCUACACACAGGAGAAAUUAGGACUACCAGGAAGAUGGGAGAUGAGAGUGGGACGACUUUCAACCUGACGGUGGUGGUCCGCGACAAUGGCGAGCCGUCACUGUCGUCCUCCGUGGCCAUUACAGUGGCUGUGGUGGAGAGAGUCUCCAGAAUCCUCCCUGAUACUCAGAGACAUGUUAAGAGUCCUCGGACAUACUCUGAAAUUACACUCUAUCUAAUCAUAGCAUUAAGCACAGUGUCUUUUAUAUUCCUUUUGACAAUCAUUGUUUUGAGCAUCAUCAAGUGCUACCGUUACACCGCGUUCGGGACCGCGGGCUGCGGGGGCUUCUGUGGAGUGAGGGAGCGGUGCCCCGCUGAACUAAACAAACAGGCCAACAACAAUAUCGAGGCCAGGAUACCUCAUGGCCUCAAGGUGCAGCCACACUUCAUUGAAGUGCGCGGGAAUGGCUCCCUCACCAAGACCUACUGCUACAAGGCCUGUCUGACAGCAGGCUCAGGGAGUGACACUUUCAUGUUUUAUAACACAGGGGCACAGACAGGACUGGGGCCCGGGGGAGCCCAAGCAGCUGCGAGUGAGAGCAGGCACCUCACAGGCCAAAGUGGGCAGAGUGCCGGGAACCUGAUCAUUCUAAAAAACGAUGCUGUUUCUCAGAACGAGCCGCGACAGCCCAACCCUGACUGGCGUUACUCCGCCUCCCUCCGAGCAGGAAUGCACAGCUCUGUGCACCUAGAGGAGGCUGGCAUCCUACGGGCUGGUCCAGGAGGGCCUGAUCAGCAGUGGCCAACAGUAUCCAGCGCGACACCAGAACCGGAGGCCGGAGAGGUGUCCCCUCCAGUCGGCGCUGGUGUCAACAGCAACAGCUGGACCUUUAAAUACGGACCAGGCAACCCCAAACAAUCUGGUCCCGGUGAGUUGCCAGACAAAUUCAUUAUCCCAGGAUCUCCUGCAAUCAUCUCCAUCCGGCAGGAGCCUACUAACAGCCAAAUUGACAAAAGUGACUUCAUAACCUUCGGCAAAAAGGAGGAGACCAAGAAAAAGAAGAAAAAGAAGAAGGGUAACAAGACCCAGGAAAAAAAAGAGAAAGGGAACAGCACGACUGACAACAGUGACCAGUGAGGUCACCUCACGGAAACAAGCCACUUAGCCAGUUUUUGUAAUAAUGGCAAAUCUCUCCCAUGUAGCAACUGCCCACUCCCUUCUCCUGUCUCCAUGAGCCCUCUCCUAUAGACCUCAGAAAUCUGCAGAAAGUGCCCUGCGUCUGUGUAGAUCACAUUGAACAGGUUUUGUCUUAAAAGCUUUACUAAGUCUGGUGUUAACUCUUUCUCUCCAUUCUGGCUUGUUUUCAGAACCUAAAAAGCAGACCCAAGUUUCCUUUCUCCUCCGCCGAAAAGGAGAGGCUUCCCAGUCCCGCCAGUGAGAGGUUGGACUCUCUGCCCUGUGUUCCGGGGAUGCUGUCUUGAUGACACUUGCAGGGCAGGCUCACAGGCUUUGAGAUUGAGCAGCUUGGGUGUCGGUGGCCACUGGCUUUGUGUGGUCACGGGUGGUGCGUGAGCGCCGGACAUCGGCUGGGAGGGGCCAGAUGAGACUUAGUUGGCACGAGGAGGGCUGCUGGGAAGAAAGGCAAAGGAACAGCGGGGGUUGCCAAUCCAGGGGGGAUCGCGAAACGAAAAGGGACCAGGCUGUCUAAAUCUUACAACUCAAGAGGCAGUGGCCACCUUCCCCCACUGACGAGGCUCUAGGAGGCCUCGAAUCUGUCGGCUGUGGUGUCAUGGUCCCUAAAACCCGCAUUACACCAAGCCAACAGUUCAAUGAUGAAUGGGGCCGACCAGGGUGACCGAAGCAGAUCUGAGGUGUUUGCUGUGGAUGUCCUUGUGCUCACUUUACUACAAAUUCUUUUGCACACAAUGUUUAUGAAAAGGCCAGAUCCUUUUCCAACACAUAUGCAAAAGCAAACGUGAAAGAAAACCCCAGCACCUCACUUUAUGCUGUUUGUUGUUUGAUAGAUUUAUUUAAAAAAGAGAAAAAUCUAUAACUAUAAAUCUUUAAAGAGAAAUAUGAUGACUACAGUUCCCCUCAACUCUCCUCAAAAGAGAAUCCAGUCUACAGCCAUUUAAAUGACGUUGCUGCUACAGAAGUGCUUUAAGAGAAUUGCCUGAAACAUCUGUAUUAUACUGGACACCUGCCAAUCACAGCUUUACUCUUUCAGGUCACUCUGGGGCUGCCUCUUGCAUGUAUUAAUUACUAAAUAAAAGGAUCUCUCUCUCUCUCUCUCUCUCUCUUUUCUAAGAAACAAUUCUGUGCACUUUGAAUACACAACCUUCUCUAGCCAACUAUAUCAAUACCCCAAAAUUGAAGAAAAAUCAUUGUUUUCUCAUACACACAGUGAGCCGACUUUUUAACCCUCGAAUUCUGUGGUUUGUCUUGGUGUGCUAGCCCACACCUUUUCUUUGGCUUAGUUUGCCUUUUUUAGAACACUCUGAAUUGCUAAUCUUGCUAACACCUAUGAUGUUACCUGAAAUCAAUCUCCCAUAUGUAUGCUGUAUGCUAUUAUAAGACUCCUGAAAUAUACUUACUCUGUGCUUGUGUAUGUGAAUGUUAAUGCAACUAUUACCUAGAGUGAACUUUAAGCUUUAUUGUUGAAUGUAAUUCCAUUAUAUUUCCUUUU